CGUAACAUAAGGCUAGCUUGGCCUAUAGGCUGAGCACUCGAUCUGAUCGGUACCCCAAACGGAAGGUAAACAUUUAGCAGGUCUCAUCGAUUUUGACACGGAUUCUGACAGUUUCUGGACUUGUUUUGAGAUAAGACCGAUGUGGUCUAGUGUGUACUCGAGUAGAAUGCCCAGAGGAGGCGACGACAUGGCAGAUUCGGGAUCAUUUGACGACGAAGAAUUAGGGACUGAUUUGGCAGAUGGCUGGUACGAGAACGAUCUCCACCUUGCAGCUGAACUGGGCAAGACAUUACUCGAAAGGAAUAAGGAGCUGGACGAGAAUCUCUUGGCAGCGCAGCAAGAGAAUGAAGAGCAGGCCAUGCAGAUUGUGUAUUUGGAGAAGCAGCUUCAAAUCUUACGAGAUGUGACUGAGUCUAAGGCCCACAUCUACGAGCAGCUGGACCUCAGCGCCCAGGAGACAGAGAAGACGAACCAGAGAUUGCAGCAUGACCUACGCACCACUCAGCAGAGAAUCCUCAAAAUGAAUGAAAUCAUUGACUCCUUGGAAGCCAAGACACAGGACCAGCAGACACAAAUCCAACAACUCAAGGCAGCAGAGCGAGAGAGACUCCGAGAAGGUCGAAGACAGAAGAAGAUCCUGGAUGCCCUGGGUGCCAACACGGGCGUUUAUCCACUCCGCCGUGCCCGUAGUCACGACUUUGGCACAGCCAGUGCGGAGAUGCUCCAUGACGAAGAGCUCAUGAAUAUGCAUCAGACAGUCAAGAGCCUGCAGGAGAAGCUGACACUUAGGGAGGGGCAGAUUAAUGAUGCUGAAGCUGAGCUGACGGUGCUGGUGAAAGAGAACCGACUGCUGGAGGAGAAGGUUAAGGAGCUGGAGAUCAGGGGUCAGAUGGAGAACAUCAAGAAGGACUACAAGUCGCUGAGUGGUGCUGACGGGGCUGUGUGCAAGUACUGCGACAGCCUGAUCAAUGCAGACUUUGAAGCAUUAGCCACGGGCGACAAGGCCGGGAAAGUAGGGGGUGUGGUUGGGACACCGGAGGAACUGGGGGCCAUAUCAGAGGAGGAGGGGCUUAUGAGUGCUGAGAGGCUGAACCAGCUCAUGGGUCACCCUAAGACAGAGGGUGUGUCCCUGCUGGGAGAGAUUAAUGCCCAGUACAAUACCCUGAUGGACAAGUACAGUGCCCUGCUCCUCAGGAGCCGCUGUGGCUCCUUAAGGGACGAGAGCAUCCGUCCUCGGGCUCUCAGCCUCCGUAAGAGAGCCGAGACGGGGGUCCAGACACUCGACAAGGCUGGUACCCCGACAAAGGGUGCCCAAGCUAGCCCAGUGGACUCCAUGUUUGAGAAUGGACCACCAGAAUAUAAGAAACUCUUCAAAGAAAUAUUUGAGAUUUUACACAGACCUCAAUUCUCAGAAUCCAUGAACAGUGGUGGACCAAGCUAAAAAAUACAAGAAAAAGAGAUGAAAAAUUGCAAUAUGUGUAUUAACUCAAGAUGCAUGCUACACAGGGUCCUAAACUAAUGCAUGUACAGUUACCUACUAGCAAAAUUAUUUCAAAUUUUAUUGCUUUGAAUUUAUUUGUUUUUAUAAUGUCUACAAUAUGCUGUACAUAACUAUUGCUUUAAUCAACAAAACAAAGAAUGUAAAACUCAUAAAUUAAGAACUUCUUGGUUUAAGAAGAAGUGCAUAUGCAGUGAUACAUAGAAUAUAAGGAGAAUUUUUUUUAAUCGGUAAGUAUUUACAUAGUGUUUUAUUGUUCUCAGCUUCACUCUGAUUAACGUUCACUUUGCCAGUAUUUUUCAGCAUUACUCCCAAGGUUCACCUUCUACCUCUGAUCCUUCAGCUUUUCAAAUCUUAGUGUCUUUGGAAAUGUGGGCUCUUUGCCUCGAAACCUCCUUUUGACCAAAGCGCCAAGUUUGCUGUCAGCUGUGAGUACUUGGUUUUCACAUUACUGGUUUGCACACUUUCACUUUGGAUAUUUGUCACAAAAAAAAGGAUGCAUGCACGGCUUUACAUUGACACCAGCAAAGACGAAAAGUAAGCAAACCGGUUAAAAUGUGUGCUGAGAGGCGAAGAGCAAGUACCUGUGUGCUGCAUGGAAACUUCCAAUCAUGGUCAAAUGUCUCGCUCUGGACAUGCGGUCUUAUUGCCCGUAAGGAAUUAUGAAUCUGCACGCUGUAGACUUUUCUCGCGAUGGAGGACAAUCAAGAACUACUCACAGAAAUACACAUGCUUACAUUCCAUUUGCAGGAACUUAUGGAGUGCUUGUCAGGAACGAACAUUCUGAGACCAAUUUUGGUUUAUGUGCAGAAAAUAUUGCAAAGGGAAUUUAUGCAUGAAUUGGAGAGCAGCAGAGUACCAGUUGGGAGGGAUGUACAUGUAUGGUACAAAACAGUUUGGCUGGUAACCAACACACUGCUUCAAAUUCAGCACGUUUCUGUUGUUCGAAGCAUAAACACUCAAUAUGAUAUAUUUUACAGUGAUGAACAGGUUUCCUCAAGGUAAAGAACUUUUUUAUGAAAUAUAUGUAUUUAGUUAAAAAAAGCAAAAUUCUGAGGAGUUAGGCCUUUCAAGACGUAAAAAUUGUAGUGUUUUCACUGUUAUUGCCUUUUUUACAUGUGACAUCCCACCAGCAAACCAAAACUACCUUCAGGAGUUAGUCUUCCUUUGUAGGAUUGCUUAAUCCAUCUGACUAAAGUUGUGGGAGGUGAUGAAUUUGUACCCACAAGAAGACGUUGUGGCAAAAUAUUCCAUUCUCACUGUCGGAAUGAGUACCUUUAAGCUGUUAGUGAUGCUGUCUGACUCGUAAAACAGAAGCUUUCUCUUUGAGAGUUGUCUUCAUCUGGGCAUUUUUAUUCAGUGAAUACAUAACAAGCCUGACUGAAACUUUGACAGGAAAACGUUCAUAACCACAUGGCCCCAAGACACUUUGUAAUGGUAGAUGUUAUACUCUGUAUUGCCAUUAUUUUGUAUUUUUGUGGAAAGUUUACUAAAUAUGCAUGUACUGUACAUGAACUCCAGUUUCAAGAAAAAGUUUGGAAAUAUUGUGAAUGCGACAGUCUGUGGUCAGAUUGUCAUUACCUAUGGGCAGAUGGGGAAGUGUAGCUUAGUGGUCAGGGUGUGUUACUACCAAUCAUAGGGUCAGAGUUCAAAUCCUUCCAUGGGGCAUAUGUUGUGACCUGGAGCAUGCCCAUUUAUUCUCACGGAUUCUACCUCUUUCCUCCCGAGGAGUAUAAAUGGGUUCCUGUGAGGGCAGAGAAGGUCAUUUGUGGUUGAUGACAACCUGGUAGUGCCUUGGUUGUAUACGUUCCCAGGAGUUGAGCUUGUACAUGAAGGGUUUUCUGGGCCCAGUGAACAGGGAUUACAUGGUGUAAAGUGUAUUUAGAGUCCAGUAAUUCCUCGUUUUAUUUUAACGCCAUGUCUUCUAAGAUUAACCCUAACAGUCCUCAGUCCUCCAACAGGUGAAGGAUUGAGGAGUGUUAGGGUUAAUGUUCCAUCAGGAAGGCUGUCUAUUGCAGUCAAUGGGUUCCAACCCAUUGCGUUUUGAUCCAUACAUGUACACGGAUGAUCUGUGAAGAUGUUGCCGUGGUAACAUGAAUUUCCACCUGCAGAUGAUGUUUAGCACUUGUUGACAUUUCAAUUUCAAUGUCAAUGAAAGAUAAGCAUGUUAUUGAUCAUGCUUUUAGCACAAAAAAAGAUUUAGAGCAAUUACCGGUCAUAACAAGAAAAGCUUGCAAAUGUGGAUGGAUUAUAGGAACAAGACACUCUGUGACACCUAGUCCUGCUGCGCCAGGGAAACGGAAUAACACUCAUUACAAAUUACUCAGACCAGCUAUCUCAAAUGACUGCAAUGGCAAAUUUGCUUUGGAGUAACAAGAGUAUUAAAAGAAAAUGAAGAGACAAGGUAAAUGGAGCAAGGUCAGUGUUCCAGAUCAGGAUGUUUUUGUGUGCAUGGAAACUGUUCUUCUUCUGUCACUAUGCAAAUGUAAUUAACGAAAGUUUCAUUUGUGUCUGCAUCCUGUCCCAUUUAGCAUGUUGUUCAAUUAUUUAUCUGUAUUGUUUUUAAGGACAGGCAAUGAAUGAAGGAUCUGUACGUGCUGUCUUUGCAUUUGUGUGUAGCAGUACAAAUGUAAUCCUGAGUGUUGAUGUAAAGGUUGGCCUCCGAACCUUUUUACAGGUUAUCAUCGGGGCAAAUUCUCAUCAUUCAAGGGUACUUGGAGGCAUAGGGCAUGUCGAUAGGGUUGAUCUAGCAGAAUGACUUGGAUUUCCUUGCAUUCAUUUUUUUUCCUAUUCGGAAAAGGGAAUUUAAUCAUAGGGAAAGUAGCCUAGAGACAGAAAUCUUUGGAAGCAGAACCUUACAAACGAUUUAUUCUUGACAGUUCUGUUCUCACGUCUAAUUAGAAAUGCUGUCAAGGACAAUUCAGAAGUAUUCACAUUUUGGUCAUUCCAUGUAUGGAUGCAGAAAUAAGCGGUUGCCACAAAAGACUGAAAAGUUGGUAUUUCUUAAAAGCCCUGUCGACAUAGUUGAGUCUUUGCAAGCCAAUUGUGCUACACUGUUUAGUGAGGAAAUUCAGGACUACAGAGGUACAUGCAGCGAUGUGAAUGCUUCCAAAGUGUACUGUGGAAUGUCCAAAAAUGGGAAAAAAGCUAAUAUUCUCAUCAGUAUGCAUGUAUCAUUCAAACAAGUUGAGGUCUGUCUCAUCGUCACUGUGCUAAAGAUGACUGGAACAUUCUCUCAACAGCAUGAAAAUUGAGCGAUGGUGUUUCAGUUCUACACACACACACACACGCUUGGCGUUUACUCUUAUAAGCUGUUUGCCAUUUGAGCCCCCAAACCAAUGCCAAUAACAGUAACGAUGUUUACUCUGAGGCACGGUUGGAGAAAUCGUCACUUGGUUACCGUUACUUUGAGCUUAACACUUCCCCGUGCUCAUCUAGGUAUGCAAUAUCUCUGCCGUCUAGCAACAGAGAAAUGCAUCUGAUUGGAUUCUUGUUUAUCUUUCCAAGCACGCACAGUUCAUAUCAGUUGCUACCAAUGGAGUCUGUUGUGUUGGCUUUCAUUAGCAACUCAUCACUCGACGCUCAUAUUCUUUUUUUCCAUUUUAACAAGAUAUCCUGACAUUUUAUCUCUGUACUUUAAACAAGUUACAGGGCCAGACGUUUUCAUCCCAGCAGAAUCUUUUCUCAAAGCCGUUGAAAAAUGUCUGUUUGAGAAAAUUCUGCUAGAAUUGAAACAGGCCCUGUAAGUUCUAAGAAUUGUAUAUUUCAGGUCAUUGCUUCAUUAUUUUCUAUUUGUGUUAGUUUUAUAUUUUGUUAGUGAGAGGUAAAUUUUCGCUCCUGACGCUCAAAAAAGCAAUGUUGCUCACUCUGCUUUGCUAUUUCUUUGUAAAACGUCUCACACUUUGAAAUAGCUUGUCAUAAUUCAUUUUAUUGUAUUGUCUGUUAAUUAUUUUACUUUACAAACCAAUCUGUAAACAUCUACUUGACGACUGAGUCACUGGAUAUGUAUAGGUAUGCUUAUUGUUUGAGUCAGCAACAAGUUAAAAUAGAAAACUCAAAAAUAUAUUUUUGGAAAAAAAACAUCAGGGAUGAAAAUAAGAGUGAGUAGUUAUUGGUUUGAGAUUUAGCAUUUGUUGAAUAUGAAGAAAAAUCUGUGGAAAAUCGUGGGAAAUUAAGUCACUCUACCCUUGAGUGCAGAAUUAAAAAAAAAAUUCUAGUCCUUGUGUGACAUACAUGAAGUAUGUGCAUUAUACACUGGAAAAACAACAUAACACACACAAGGGGAGGCCUUGGGGUAAUCUGUAGACAUGACAUCAUAUUCUAUAUUUAUAUGUUAUGGUUUGUGGUAGGGAGGAACAGUAGUCUUGGUGCAAGAUGCUGCUGUGUUAUGGACUGCAAUGCACCGCCGUUCAGACAGCGCCAUCAUACACUGACUGGCUAUCACACAUGAACUGCUAUCACAGUAGAUAGCCAUUCAUGAGUGAUACAGGUUAAUGUGUAUAACAGGGCCAUCUUUCAUUCCAAACGUAAGCUUCUUGAACCAAGACCAGGAAGGACAGAGAAUGGAUACAAUGAGGGAAAAAACCUGCCCCCACCACUUUUCAGCUUCUGGUGGUUUCCAACCCUGCUUGGAAGUAAUUUCGACUAUAUUUGAAUAAAUGUGUAAUACUUUGUGGUUCUUACCAUGAAUCUGAA